UUGCAAUCUAGAGCGCUCAGCCCUUUGACAUAGGAAGAACAGUUAACGUUACUGUUAGCUAGCAGCAGCCAUAAAGUAUUAACAUCAUUUGUUUCCUGGUUUCAUUUUAUAAUGUCAGCAAGAAAGAAAGACGUUCCAAUCCACGUUGAAAUAGCGGAUGAAGAACAGUGGUUGGAAGCCUUAUCAAACCCGACACUUUUUGUUGUGGACGUUUAUCAGGAGUGGUGUGGUCCUUGCAAGGCAGUAGAAAGCCUUUUCCGAAAACUACGGACAGAAAAUGGAGAUGACUUAGUUCGAUUUGGAGUGGUUGAAGCCAGCUCCAUAAGUGAUCUUACAAUCUUCAAGGGAAAGUGUCAACCUGUGUUUCUAUUGUAUUUGGAAGGUAAACUAGUUUCAGUAGUUAAGGGGGUUAAUGGACCUCUUUUGCAAAGGACAAUUAUGGGAUAUAUUGAAAAGCAGAAGAAAAAACAGGAAUUGGGCUCCAAAUACAAAAUGGAUGUGAAAGAAAUUUUCCUUAAAGACUAUCAAGAUUCAAGGCCACCCAAGAAGACCAUUCUGGAGGAAUCAAAAGACACUGAUGAUGUGGAUUCUUACCAUGUUGUCAUCAUAAAACCAGAUGCUGUGGCAGAGGGACAAGUGGAGACCAUCAAAAAAAAAGCUGUGGAUGCAGGAUACUGUGUGGUUGCAGACGAAGAGAGAAUUCUAAAUGAAAAGGAGAUACGUGAUUUUUAUAAAGACAGGGCUGAUGAGCCUGAUUUUGUGAUGCUCAUGUCAAGUGGGCCUGUUCAUGCUCUCAUACUGAAGAAGGGAGAACAUAUGGAUGAUGGAGGCCCACCUGCCCUCACAGAAAUGAUUGAUCCUUCUCAAGUUGACCUAAUAAGACCAAAAAACAGGUCAAAAGAUGGCCAGGAGGUGAUUCUGGAGGUGUGUGGAGACAGCAGCGAACUUGCAAGCAGACAGCUGGGUUUCUUCUUUCCGUCUUUUGAUUUUGCUACAGGAACAAUGAGAAAGAACGACUCCAGGAUUCAGAGAACUUUUGCUCUGCUUCGACCUAGUCUUGUGAAGGAGAAAAAAAAUGAGAUCUUGCAGGCAGUCCAUGAUGCAGGCUUCCAGGUGGCCAUUCAGAAAGAGAUAACUCUGUCUGAGGAGCAGGCCAGGGAGUUCUAUAAAGAACAUGAGGGCAAAGAUUAUUUCCAGAGCUUCAUAAAACACAUGACCAGUGGCCCAGUGCUUGCUCUGGCUCUGACUCGUGAAGAUGCCGUCCAGCACUGGAGGAAUUUACUAGGUCCCAAAAUCCUGGAGGAGGCUAAAGAGAAGUGCCCUGACAGUUUGCGUGCCCAGUUUGCCAUUGAUGACGUGCCGGUCAACCAGCUCCAUGGCAGCUCCACAAUGGAGGAGGCUCAGAAAGAGCUGCAGCGCUUCUUCCCUGUGGAGCACACGCUUGCCGUCAUCAAACCAGAUGCCGCACAGCAACACAAAAAUGAUAUUAUUAGUCGCAUUGAGUCAGCAGGGUUCAGCAUUUCUCAGGUGAAGGAGGCACAGCUCACCAAAGAGAUGGCUGAAAACUUCUACAAACACCAUCAUGACAAAAGCUUUUUCAACCCUCUGGUGGAUUUCAUGUCACAAGGUCCCUCUGUGCUAAUGAUCCUCAGUAAGGAGAACGCUAUCUCUGAGUGGAGAGAGAUGAUGGGUCCGGUGGAUCCAGAGAAGGCCAAGGAGGUGAGCCCCAACUCCCUGAGAGCGCGCUUCGCCAAAAGCGUCAUGGAGAACGCUGUCCACGGCUCCUCGGAUUCUGAGCAUGCCAUGGACAACAUUCGCUUCAUCUUCGGAGAUGUCUGCUUGUAGCCGCUGGGGCCAAAGUUGAAUGGCAGAAAAAGCCUCUUUCUGAGAGUUUCUAAGUCUUCAUUUACAGUUUCCUUUCUCAGACAAUAAAAUGAUGUGGUAGUUGACUUAUUGCA